AUGCUGCCUAAUUCUAAGUUGAAGUAUAAAGGAAACGUCUUCUGUUUUCUUCCGUGCGAAGAUGAGAAGUCUUCUAUGCUGGAAGAAUGUUCAAUCGGUUUUGAAACUAGCACAUCAUCAGAAAAAGUCCUUCAGCUGGCUUAUGAGUGGUACGAAGCCCGCAGCGACUCACACGAAUCGUGUCAGCGCUUGAGGUCUUCACCGAAGUUUGCUCCAUCAAGGCUCAUCGACAUCAGUUCUGGUGAUGACUGGAAACUCUGCUUAUAUCCACGGGAUAUACUAGACCCUCCAGACUAUAUGACUCUGAGCUACAGAUGGGCCAAGAGCCCUUCGGUUGUUCUUUUGAACUCAAAUCUUGAAGACUUCCGAAGGGGCGCACCGAUUUCUCGCCUUCUCAAGACAUUCAGAGAAGCCAUCACUGUUGCGCGUCGGCUUUCAAUCAAGUACCUAUGGAUUGACUCGUUGUGCAUCAUUCAAGAUUCAACGGAGGAUUGGGCCCGAGAAUCACUCCAGAUGCACCAAGUCUACGCAAACUCUGCCUGCACCAUCUCGGUAACCGCUUCGGAAGGACCUGAUGAAGGGCUAUUCAGGAAGGCCCCAUGAUAGUUCUCAUAACAUAUGGGGCGCACCAUUGACCGUUACUAUCGCGAGCAAUACCCUGCACUUUGUGCAUGUACCGAGGGAAUCUGGGGCAAUAGCGCGGACUUAGUUACAAGCGCACUAAGAAAGUUCCCCGGGGCUAAGUGCUUAUGGUGAUCAACAAACCGCGGAGCAAGUCGAUC